CUUUCUUUUUCUAAUAUCUAUAUUCAUUUGAGGACUUGCUUCAAUGAAGUAAAUAUCUAUCUAUCAAAAAUGCUUUUAAAAAGUGACAAAACGUUCCAAAGGUCAAAGGUCAUCAGUGCUUAUAAAACACUUAAAAGUCAGUCAGAAGACAUCACAUAUUCAAAGUUGGUCUGUGACCUGAGGAGAACUCUGUUCGUGACACGUUCAGUCGGAUGUACCGAGACCUGAUUGGAUUAAUGAGCUCAUCCUCUGCCCACAGGACUUUUGACUGCAGACGGAUUCAAGCCGAGGCGGGAGAAAAAGAUCCUGCCUAGACCUUCUCCUCUCUGAGCCUUUGAAGCAGAACAUCUUUACGUAGAGCAGUGCGUUCGCACCACGACCACCAUGGGAAACACUAAGAGCAGUGCAGUUUCUAAGGAGAUCCUGGAGGAUCUGAAGCUCAAGACCAAGUUCUCGGAGACAGAGAUCGUGCAGUGGUACGAAAACUUCCAGAGACAAUGUCCAUCGGGUCGCAUCUCAAAAGAGGACUUUCAGAACAUCUACAGUAAGUUCUUCCCAGACAGCGAGGUGAACUCCUACGCUCAGCAUGUUUUCCGCUCCUUCGACACCAACGAUGACGGAACGCUGGACUUUAAGGAGUACAUCAUCGCUCUCCACCUGACGUCGACGGGCAAGACCACCAGAAAACUGGAGUGGGCCUUCUCACUGUUUGAUGUUGACAAAAACGGGUACAUCACCAAAUCUGAGGUCAAAGAAAUCUGUACGGCCAUUUUUAAACUGAUCCCUAAAGAGGAAAUGGUCAAACUUCCUGAAGACGAAAACACAGCCGAAAAGAGAGCGCAGAAACUCUGGAGCUUCUUCAACAAGAGUGACGACGAUCGUGUGGCAGAAGGAGAGUUUGUGAAGGGAGUUUUGGAGAACGAUGCCGCCCUCCGUCUGAUUCAAUAUGAACCCUUGAAAUAAUCUGACGCCACUGUUCCCUUCUUUCCUGUUUACUUCCUGUUAAC